CUGUAUAGUGUAGACUGUAGAGUAGUUUCUUUUCUAAUUCUAUAGUACCAUCAGAGAAUAUAUUAUUUAAUUUAAUUUGGUAUUUACUUUAUCGAGGUGGUUAAACAAUUUAGUAAACAGCUGCUUCAUAUUAGCGUUUUAGUUUACAAAUUAAUUAGUUCAUUAAAUUAUCAGCAGGUUCAUUUGAAAGUUGAAACAGGUACAUCGCGGGUUAGUGAUUACAAAAUAUUUUGUAGUUUGUACAGCAAAAUUGUAUUCUGCUUAGCUGUUCACACUUCACAUAGGAAUAGUAUCACUAACACACAAAAUGUCUUCAAAAAUAGAUAUCACAAAACCUAAAACAGUGAAAUUAUUUGAUUUAAAUGAUUAUGAAAAACUUAUCAACGGUAUAAAAGUUGCAGCUUGUAUGAUAACAGAGUCCCAUCAAAUUGUUGAUGAGCAGAGUGUUCUUAAGCGACUCAAUGCUUUAACAAUUAAUGGCGCAAGUGAUGGCAACUGUUGCUCUUGUUGUGGUGUGGGACCAUUUGAAACUAGAGCUCAACAAACUUCUCAUUAUAAACAUCAUUGGCAUACACAUAACUUAAAAAGAAAAUUAUUUGGGAAGUCACCCCUAUCUUUAGGACAAUUUAGUAAUAGACAAGAUGACAAUUCAAGUGUAUCAGGCAGUGAUUCAGAAACAGAGGGGCCGAACUCACUUCCAACUGAUUUAUUUGCAGCUGCCACAAGGCAUUGCAAGGCAUUCUUCACAAACAGCUCUGGGCAGGUCUUCUGUAUAUACAGAUGUAUACUGCAUCAUAAAAAGGAAGAGUUAUCAACAGAUGGUGAGGGCUAUGCAUGGGUAGAGAGAUGCCAACAUCUCACUAUCCCCGGUUAUCUGAGGUGGGCAGUUCUCAUGGUGUCUGGGGGUCACUUUGCUGGUGCUAUCUUCUCUGGAGCCAUUCCUGUGGUGCAUAAAACUCACCAUUCAUAUGUAACGAGACGGGGGCAGGGUCAGGCUCAGGCUAAUAGAGACCAGCAUGGACAUAUGCCACGAUCUGCCGGUGCAAGUCUGAGGAGAUAUAAUCAAGAGCAAUUUUUAAAGCAUGUACAGGAUAUAAUUUCUGGAUGGGCAACAGAUCUAAAUGGUUGUUCUCUAGUUCUGUACAGGGCAGUUGGUGCUCUCAACCAGGGUGCACUGUUUGGGAAGAACUCGCCAUUGAACCGAGAUGACUUGAGGGUCAGGGUUCUGCCAUUCCCUACAAGGAAACCCACUUAUAAAGAGGUCAAGCGAGUUCAUGAAACAGUUGCAAGUAUCGAAGUAUAUGAGAAUUUGGAGCUAUUCCAAAAGGCUUUGAUCGCAGCAUCAGCCAAGCCAACAACGAAAACUGGCUCUGACAUAAAUGCUGAACGGAGUAAGAAAACACAGAAGAGCCCUGGAAAGCCUAUAGAUAGGGCUAAGUCGAGAGAACGCACACCAAGAGAAUUGCCGAUGCAAAUGAUAUCAAGCGAAGACGAGGGCCCAUGCUACAUUGACUCUGAAACACCAGUGGAUUGGAUCAAAGUACUAUCAGAACAGAAGAGUAAGGGAAUUGUGUUAAACUCUAGAAAAGAUCUCCUUAAUGACAACUCAGCCAGUGGAAAUACUUCGUGUAGUGAACAGGACAAUGUUAUUGAUAAGAAGACAAAAAAGAAAAAGAAAAAAAAGGCUGAGGAAAUCAAACCAUUGAAGCAUCCUAUAUCGAAAAUUCCUACUAAUGUUAAGAGGAUGUGGAUGGCAAUAUCAGGCAAUGAGCUGAGCUCGUUGGAGACGAUUCUUGAGUCGUGGGAGGGGGACAUUGAAGUAGCUUGCAACACUCAGGACCCUGUAGAUGGCAACACCGCGUUGCAUAAGGCGGCCAUUGCUGCUAAGCCGGAUAUGGUGCUUGAGAUACUGUCAGCGGGUGGUGAUCCCUGCAUCCGCAACCGUCACCUGCAGACGCCGUACGCGUCGACACCGCAUCACGACACGCGUAUUGCCUUCCGCAUGUUCCAAGCGCAGUUCCCCGAAAAAUAUAACUACAACAAGUCUCAAAUACCGGGGCCCCUAACGCCCGAGCUGCUGGAACAAGAGAAAGAGAAGAAAGCGGCACAGAAACGCGCGAAGCGACAGCGUGGAAAAGAGAAGCAGAUGGAAAAGAAUAAAACUAACGAGUUUCUCUUACUUCCUGAUGCUGAGAAGGUGAAAGCUGAUCAGCCUAGAUGCUUCCUGUGUGGUACAUUUCUACCUAAGAAACCAUUUGAAUACGAAUCGUUCAAAUUCUGUACUAUUAAGUGCCUCCAAAACCAUAGAAGCUUGAGACCCUUACACAAGAGCGCUACCUGGUCGGUAUACGCAUAGUAAUGUAAAUAAAUUUUGCCCACUAAAGCUUUACCACUGCUAUUUUACGGUUUGGUUAAUUAAUAUCCACUCACCAAAGUUUCUGACGGACCAACCUGCCACGAUUUGUAAAAUCUAAUUUAAAUCGCUUCGGUGAGCACCUAGCUUUUAGAUUUAUUUAUUUUUUACUUAUCUGCCUCCAUAUUGCAGAUGUCCCAUGUCCAAUUCUUGUUUGAUUUUAUCAAUGUCGAAGUUUCAAAUUUACAUUAAUUACAACAUAGACCAAGUAUAGUAACUAGACAUCUAUUUGGCAUGCCAACAUGAGACAGAUAAUAUCCUACAUAUAUAUAGGUACAUAAUAAAACAAGUGUUCUUUCACUAUCACUUUUACACCGCAAAACAAAACAUCGCAUCAUAUUUCCUUCGAUUUUACUUACAGUCACUGAUGUUGAUUAAAUAGUGGAUAUUUCACACGUUUAACAACGAUAAUAGCUUAUUUUUAUAGACGCAAGUAAAACUAAACAAAAUAUCUGUGCAGCGCUGUCAAGUUUGUUUAGCACACCAGGUGUGCUGACCUUGAAAAAACCGGCACGCAUGGCGAAACAAAAAAAUCUAAUCACUCUAUCUCAUUUCUUUACAUAAGACACGCAUAAGUUUUUCUUUUUCUCGUGUGAGUGAGACGGAAGCUAUCAAUUAGUCUAGUUACUAUACUUGGUCUAUGAAUUAUUACAAUUGAUAUUCAAAUUGCAAUUUUAUGUCAGGGCUUAUUUUCCAAAAUUACCGAGCCCAAGAGGCAAGGUCAAUUUCCAAUCCAAUCAAAGUUGACAAGUAUCUAUCAUUUAAAGUUGCUAUAUGUAUAGAGAGAAUCAUAGAGAACAUAUUGUAUAGACAAUGAUUCAUAAGGAAUUUGUAAAGAGCAUAGACAAAUAUCAGAUAUAUAAAGUUAUCUUAAACAUAUGCAUAAAUAAUUUUAUUGAUCUUUUUAAUGGUAUUUAUAUAACUAUUCUUUCGAAAAUGUUAGAAAAUCGGAGUAUACAUAGUUAUAAGCAUAUAUCGCUCGUAUCGUUUUCAAAGCGCGGCCAUAGUGUUUAAAGGUAAUCCAGUUUUGUUAAUAGAGUUUAGAAUCUGGGUAUAGUAUGAUCUUAAUCACAUGUUUCCUAACAGUGGGUUUAAAUAGAUUGAUUAAUACACAAAUAAAAUUUGAAAACAAAAUUUAUGAACGAAUUCGAACCCGCUCAUAGGUUUAAAAAUUUUGUCAUUAUGAUGUUUAGCGCCAUAUAUUGCCUCGAAAAUGGUAUUUGCUAUAGACAGGUGGUUUUUAGCCAAAUUUACUGACAGUGUGGUCUUGUUUUUUGGUAACAAACACAGUUACAAUAACAUGCGUUUUAAUCCUUAAGUGUUUUUUUUUAAUGUAUAACUUUAUCUUAUGCCUUAUUUAUUAUUUUGUUCGUGACUGUUUUUAAGUACCCGCAAAUAUCCUCACAGAUAUUGCUCGGAGAUCGUUUUGUAACGCGAACUGUAAGGAUACGUCAUUUAUGAAUUAUAUUUGUGGCUCAAUAGCUAUACGUCCAGUCUAACAUGAACCUAGACCAUUAACGGCCGCGGCCGUUCCCAAUAUUCAGUCUAUCUCUUACUUCAGAUAUAAAUCUUAACUAUCGCUGAUAAUUCUGUCCCAAUAAACUUAUCGACGUCAUCUCACCUUAUCCGUGCACGCUGUCUGUCAAUGAGUCGACGUAUAGCUUACCAUCGAUAUAAAGUUUGUAUGGAAAUUGCAAUUCACGCGUCCCAAUAUAAGGCGAUAAGAAUUAUUACUUAUCGGGUAUUUUGGGACAGCUUCAGAUUAUUGACAGCUAAUUACUGACAGUAGAAGGUAGUUAUUUAUCUCUACCUGUAGAUAGUAUAUUGGGAACGGCCUUUAGAUUUGUGCUUAAUACAUAUUAGUAUUAAAAAAUUCACAUAAAAAUUUACCAUUUGAUGCACCGAUAUUUCGCAUUACUUACUUUGUUUAAAUGUUGAUCAGGGUCGGUCAAGCAAUUUUAAGGUACAGAUAUACAGACAAAAAUAAUUUGAUUUAUGUAGUGCCAGCCAGCUUUAUUUAAAGCUUUAUAUAUAAUAUAUAAUAUUUUCCACAAAUUAAAGGCCGGCAACGCUCCUGUGAUUCCUCUGGUGUUGCAAGAGAAUGUGGGCGGCGGUGAUCACUUAACACCAGGUGACCCGUACGCUCGUUUGUCCUCCUAUUCCAUAAAAAAAAACUUUGGCUAGCAAAAUAUUUUAAUUCUUUAAAGUUGAAAGUAUCUAAGUGCCAUAAGAUUCCCGAAAUUCCAAAUUUACAAUAGACUGAGCGUUUCGAACAUUACACAAGAAACCCCCAAAUAUAUUUGAAAGAAUAGUGUGAGAGUUCAAUGGACAAACUUACACAUACUUUUUAAACCUUGCGGAGGAAAUGAGAUAAUAUAUUAUAUGAGAGUUGAACAAAGCAUAUAAGAUUUUAUGACGAUAUGUCACUUGAACCCUUAGCUCAGUUGGUUAGAGCACCGGCACGGAAAGCCGGAGGUCGUGGGUUCGAGUCCCGCAUCGUUCAUAAAAUUUUGUUUUUCAAAUUUUAUUUGUGUAUUAAUCCUAGAAGUGAGGGUUACACUUUAAAAAUAUAACAAAUUGUUUAGAUUUACAAGUGCGAUAUCUCAAGUCAAUUUCCUAAUAUGCAAAUAUUGGGGUUGAGCAGGUUAUCAACUGUAAAGUAGAUCCUGUAGAUGAAGCAACAACCUGAGAGUUGAACAAAGCAUACAAGAUUUUAUGACGAUACGUCACUCGAACGGUUAGCUCAGUUGGUUAGAGCACCGGCACGGAAAGCCGGAGGUCGUGGGUUCGAGUCCCGCAUCGUUCAUAAAGUUUUGUUUUUCAAAUUUUGUUUCUGUAUAAUAUAUUAUGUUUAUUUUAUGCGUUGAUGCGGAUGUGUGUUGGAUGUUGCCAUUAUUACAAUAAAUGCCAAGCAUUGCUGGAAUAUGUGAUAUAAUUUUCCCUAACCAAUAUAUUACAAUACUUUUACAAAUU